AUGUCUAUACCAGUCACCAUGAUGGAAAGAGAAGAUUGUGAGUAUGCCCAGGUGGUGCUGUCGAACCAGGAAGAACACGUGUCCCUGUCCCGCUUGAGCAGCCUGGAGCAGGAGGUGGCCCGGCUGAGGGAGUGGGCAUCUGGCGUCACCGAGCGAUGGCUGCAGCAGCAGGAGAACCUGGCGAGCCUGACACAUGCCGUGGAGCACAUUGAGACUCGCACCACUGCCAUUUCCAGCGACAUGGUAGCAAAGGUGGCCUCAGUUCGGACGGAUGUGAGACGCAUGGCAGGGCUGGAGGGCGAGGUGGGCAGCCUCCUCGCCCAGGUGGGCACACUGGAGGAGAAGUUGGCUCAGGCCGAGAGGCUCAUGGUGAAGCGUGUGGGUGAACUGCUGGCCUCCAGCAUCGACCGCGUCUCAGGCCUGAAGAGCUCCACGGAGAAGAACGCCCAGAGCCUGGAGCAGCUGCGGAGGCGUGUGCCAGAGCUUGUUGCCGCCGACAAGAAGCUCUUUGACCACAUCCUGGCUCUGGAGAGUGGGCGAGCCAAGCUGGUAAGGACGGUGAUGUUCGCGAGUGACCUCAGACCCAAAGUGUUCACCCUCAAACAAGACAUUGCCAUGCUGGAACCACAGCUGACAGACCUGACCCUGAGGAUCGGCCAGCUAGCAGAGGAUGUCAUGAAAAGGGAGGAAGACAUCGCACAGAUGAAGGCGAGUUUAGCCAACGUUAUGGCACUGCGGGCAACAAGCUGA